GAAGGCUGCACGCUUCAUAAUCCGGGGAAAGGCAGAAAAGGCUCGAGCGCUGAGCCUUCACCCGGGCGGCCUUCUGAAUAUUUCUGCAGCCUGUGCUGAGCCCGCGCCUCUGCCCGAUGAGCGUUUCCCGGAGUUUGUUCGCCGGGGCAGCCUCGUCUUAGCAAGCUCGGCGACGCGCGGGCUUUGCAAUGAUUGCCCUCCUCCUGUGGGAUCAUCUCAGGGCGGGCAGCUCCGAACUGGACUGGUGCGAGGAUAAUUACACCAUCGUGCCCACCAUAGCCGAGUUCUACAACACGAUAAGCAACAUCUUGUUUUUUGUCUUGCCCCCCAUAUGUAUGUGCUUAUUCCGACAAUAUGCAACCUGCUUCAACAGUGGAAUAUAUUUAAUAUGGACCUUGCUAGUGGUUGUAGGGAUUGGAUCUGUCUACUUCCAUGCUACACUUAGCUUCCUGGGUCAGAUGCUCGAUGAACUUGCUAUACUUUGGGUUCUUAUGUGUGCCCUGGCUAUGUGGUUCCCUAGGAGGUAUCUACCCAAAAUGUUUAGGAACGACAGGGGCCGGUUCAAAGCAGCAGUGGGCAUUCUUUCUGGAGUCACUACGUGCCUUGCCUUUGUUAAGCCCGCCAUUAAUAACAUCUCAUUGAUGACAUUAGGUCUUCCCUGCAGCGCCUUGCUUAUUGCAGAGCUCAAAAGGUGUGACAAUGUGCGAGUGUACAAGCUGGGACUGUUUUCUGGCCUGUGGUGGAUGUUGGCACUAUUUUGUUGGAUUAGUGACAAAGUAUUUUGUGAGAUUUGGUCAUCUUUUAAUUUUCCCUAUUUACACUGCGUAUGGCAUAUCCUCAUCUGUAUUGCAGCUUACCUGGGCUGUGUCUGCUUUGCCUAUUUUGAUGCUGUCUCCGAGAUUCCCGAACAAGGCCCAGUUAUUAAGUUCUGGCCCAGUGAGAAGUGGGCCUUCAUCGGGGUCCCUUAUGUCACUCUCCUCUGUGCUCACAAGAAGUCUCCCCUCAAGAUUACUUGAAAGGCAAUGGAACUGUCCCAUCAACUUUAUCUGCUCUUCUUCCAAAGGGCCUGAAUCUCUAGCAAGGAGAUUGCACAAGAGGGUCCUUGCUCUCUGACUUCGAAGCACAAGACACCUGCUGAGGUUGUAAGAGCAAAAUCCCCAAAGCUUGUUCUGGGUGGCUCUAAAGCUGGUCCAGGAAAGCCUGAAUUGGCACAAUGAGGAAACACAGAAAGCAGAAAGCCUGCAUUUCUACUACUUCCCUCCCCCCCCACCCCAGAAAAAAGACAUUUCCCUACUUCUUUGACUGCCUGUCACUCUUGGUGGGCAAGGGACUUGGUGACAUCCUAUCCUGCCACAUUAAGCAAGGAGGAGUGGGAAGUGGGUAUCUGUCUCUGCGAGUGAGUUUAUAUAUGUGUUUUGGUUGGGAAAUAAUCACCAGAUUUGUAUAUUAAGGGAUUUAAUAGAAUUGCUUUGCAAAUGCCUUUCCUCUGCUGCAUGUGUAUAUUUACACAUUAAUUGAGCAAAUGAAAUUCCUUGUAAACUCUGGGGUCAAUCUGAAGAGAAGACCAAUCCUUGAGAAGCCAUUUCUCUCCUUAAUCCAUCAGUAUAUCAUAGAACAUAGGAUAUGUUUUUAUCCAUAUGUAACAGCUCACUUUUUUGGGACUUGUUUUACUACAGUUCAGGAAAUAAGAUGUAGGGAAAAGAUUCGUGUUGAUCAAGGAAGUCAGUGAAGGAGUAAAAGUCAUGUUUGAAA